AUAAAAAAAAAAUCAAUAUUUGAGGCUAGUAUGCUCAAAGAAUUUUGACUCCCUUGAAGCUGCUGCUUCUUCUUCUUCUUCUUCUAAGAAUUAUUAUUACUAUGUUAUCAUUAAUUCACUUUUAUGGUUAUAAUAUUCUUCCUUUUCCAAAUGUCAACAAAUUUUCUCCUUUAAAAUCCAAGACAAGAGCCUUUGCAAACAACAAAUCUCAUAUUUACUUAGCCAAAAUGGAACAAGAAAGAUCAAUGGAUAUUAGUCUUAAAGAUCUCUCUAAGCAACUUGAAGAUUUUGCUAAGGUUAGAAAUUGGGAAAAGUAUCAUAGCCCUAGGAAUUUGCUACUUGCCAUGGUAGGUGAAGUAGGGGAAUUAUCAGAAAUAUUCCAAUGGAGAGGAGAAGUGGAUAAAGGGUUACCAAAUUGGGAAGAAUCAGAUAAAGAGCAUCUUGGUGAAGAAUUAUCUGAUGUUUUGCUUUAUCUCAUUAGAUUGGCUGAUAUUUGUGGCAUUGAUCUUGCUCAUGCUGCUACUAAAAAAAUUCUCAAGAACUCUAUCAAAUAUCCUGAGCCUAAAGUAUUUUUACGGGACGAGGAUUCAUAUAACUGAUCUCAAUAACAUAUUUCAGAUCGAGUCAUAAUAAUAAUAAUAAUUGUUAUUGUCGUUUUUUUUUCUUUACUAAGUGUGUAUCAUGAUGAGAAGAGUUUUUUGUUUGGUAAUGAGACUAGAAAUAAAUAAAAAAAAUAUACGACAAAAAAAGAUGUCUUGAUUAUCGACAUCGAGGUUGAAUAAAUCAUUCCACUUGGCAAUAGCAAAAGCAAGGAGGAAUUCCACAAACGAAGAACUCAACCGAUCUUAUGCUUUAUUUCAAGCAAGUUGAGAUCGACUAAGUUGAUCUGAGUCGUUGCUGUUGAUAUUGAUGUUGAUAUUGAGAUAUUUUAUAUAGAGAGGAUUUAUCAUAUGGAAAAUAUUAGCUUAUUGUGA